UAUCCAGGAACGAACUGGUUGGUUGAAAUCCUCUGCCUGAUAUACUCCAAGGGAGACCCCGCGUGGGUCCAAUCUGUGCCUAUCUGGGAACGCUCUCCCUGGGUAGAGAACACGCAUGGGUAUCAAAUCCUAAAGGAUAAGGAAGGCCCACGCCUCAUCACCUCCCAUGUCCCCAUCCACCUCUUCCCCAAGUCUAUCUUCAAGUCCAAGACCAAGGUGAUUUAUCUCAUCCGAAAUCCCAGAGAUAUUCUCGUGUCUGGUUACUUUUUCUGGAUUAUUUCCAAGUUCGUGAAGAGACCAGAGUCCCUGGAACAGUAUUUCGAGUGGUUCACACAAGGACACGUGGCGUUUGGAUCGUGGUUUGACCACACCCGUGGCUGGAUGUCCUUGAGAGGGCAGGAGAACGUUUUGAUAGUGAGUUAUGAAGAGCUAAAACAGGACACAAGAAGUGUUGUACAGAAGAUCUGUCGCUUCCUGGGCAAGAAAUUAGAACCAGAAGAACUGAACUCACUCCUCAAGCAUAGCUCCUUCCAGGUCAUGAAAGAAAACAAGAUGUCCAAUUACACUCUCCUGGCUUAUAGGCUUAUAGAGGAUAAGAAUGGGUCACUUAUGAGAAAAGGCAUUUCUGGAGACUGGAAAAAUCACUUCACAGUGGCCCAAGCUGAAGUCUUUGACAGGAUAUUCCGGGAGAAGAUGGCAGGCCUCCCUCCAGAGCUGUUCCCAUGGGAAUAAUGUUCAAAGAUGUCUAGAGCUCACGGAGAUAAAUAUUUGUUCUCCUGCCUGUGUACAUGUGAAUGACUGCUGGCAAUUGCAUAAAACCUGUUACUUCAUCCUGGAGCUUUGAAUCAUCAGAUUUCUGAACUUUGACGACUUGACUGUUAAAAAUUACUAGGGUAGUCCAGUCAGUGUGGCUCAGUGGUUGAGCAUCAACCUAUAAACCAGGAGGUCACCGUUGAUUCCCGGU